AUGGAUAAAAAGGCCACGGCCCUCCUAAAGCUCAUAUACCUGGAAAUGUUUGGAUAUGACAUGUCGUGGGCAUCUUUUCACGUUCUUGAGGUCAUGUCAUCGGCCAAAUAUCUCCAGAAAAGAGUCGGAUACCUCGGAGCGGUACAGAGCUUUCGACCAGAUACCGAAGUCCUGAUGCUUGCGACAAACUUGUUGAAGAAGGAUAUUGUUACAUCAAGCAUCCCUAACAUGUCACUUCCUCUAAUUACUUUGCCGCACAUAAUCACACCUUCUCUGGCGAUGUCGCUGCUCCCUGACAUUCUGUCCCGGCUUUCACACUCAAACCCCGUGGUACGCAAGAAAACGAUUGUAUGUCUGUAUAGGCUUGCAUUGGUCUACCCGGAAGCCCUGAAGCUAGCAUGGCCCAAGAUCAAAGACCAUUUAAUGGACGAUCAGGAAGAUGGCAGUGUCACAACUGCAGCUAUCAAUGUUGUUUGUGAGCUCGGAUGGCGACGACCUCAUGACUUCCUACCUCUGGCACCCCGAUUUUUCGAGCUUUUGGUGGAUAGCGGUAACAAUUGGAUGGCGAUAAAGAUCAUCAAACUUUUCGCAACAUUGACCCCAUUGGAACCACGUCUUACCCGCAAACUUCUACGCCCAUUGACCAACAUAAUUCAGACUACCUCUGCAAUGUCCUUGCUCUACGAAUGUAUCAAUGGCAUCAUCCAGGGAGGUAUAUUGGACGGGGAAGAUGGCCUUCAAGAACGAGACGAAGUUGCCACCCUUUGUGUCGGGAAAUUGCGCGGAAUGAUAGUGAUGGAUACUGACCCCAACCUGAAAUAUGUUGCGCUUCUUGCAUUAAACCGCAUUGUUGCCACUCAUCCAACGUUGGUUUCUAUGCAGCAGGACGUCAUUAUGGAUUGCUUGGACGAUGCAGACGUCUCUAUCAGACUGCAAGCCCUCGAUCUCGCCGUCGGAAUUGUCAACAGUGAUACCCUCCAACCUGUUGUGAACCGUCUACUGGAUCAACUCCGUCGAGCAUCUGUUCCCGCAGCCGAAUUGGCAGAUAUAUCCGAAAUAUCAGAGAAUUCCGAGAUAUUGACUGUCUGGCCCAAUGAUUACAAGACCGAGGUUAUUCACCGAAUUCUGGAUCUGUGUUCGCAGAACAACUACUCCGAAAUUGUUGAUUUUGAGUGGUAUGUUGCCGUAUUGGUGCAAUUGGUCAGUCUUCUUCCACCAUCCGAGGUUGAGGAUGAGUGGUGUCAUCCCAAAGAACAAGAUACACUGCUCGAUUUGAAAGCGAACGCCGCCCUCCGAAUAGGGACAGAGAUUCGCAACAUUGCCGUGCGAGUAAAAGGAGUGCGCACGGAAGCUACAAGAGCUGCCGAGUCCCUCAUCUUUAUGGAUAAUAGAUCAACUUUCUUCCCUACUGGUUCAACCAUUGGCGAUGGUGUUUUGGGGCCUGUCGCCUGGGUGGUUGGAGAAUAUGCAGAAUAUCUUCUAUCACCAAAUCGGACGCUUUUAUCAUUGAUCGACAUCUCAAAUUCAUCACUCCCGCCAAGGACUCUUUCUCUUUUCUUGCAAGCCAUCCCAAAAAUUUUCGUUCAGGUCAGCCAGACCAGCAAACCAGGAGAUCUCUGGAAAAGCGAGAUGUCGCUCUUGCUUGCUCGCAUCGUGGAGUUCCUCGAGUCUUUGGCAUCUCAUCCAGAUUUGGAUGUCCAAGAGCGAGCUAUUGAGUUCCUGGAGGUUCUCCGGCUCGCUGUUGACUCCCUGAAUUCCGAAACACAAGAAGUUCCAUUCCUUCUCUCCUCCGUCAUACCAACCCUAUUCACGGGACUCGAGCUAAACCCUGUUGCGGCUAGUGCCCAAAGAAAAGUUGUUUUGCCUGAUAGCCUUUGUUUAGACGAGGCAUUCAGCCAUGAUCUGCUCGGUCUUUUCCGAGAUUUAGACGACUCGUUAUCUCACGAGUCUAAAUCCUGGGAAGCAUCCGACUUCUAUCACAUCCCUGAACUCUCGCCUUUAAACAGACAGGCUCGUGAUAUUGCACCGGUUGAUAUAUCCCAUAACUAUCAAAACUCCACUGGUGGCUCUGUGGACUCUUCCAUUGCCAUCCAAAAAAGAAUGCUUGAGCGGAGGGAACGCUUCAAGGAUGAUCCUUUCUACAUUGCCCCUUCUGGAGAAUCAUCCGGCACGUCUACUCCAUUCCAUGAAAUUCUGCACAACUCCAAUGGGCAGGUUCUGGACAUUGAUUCGAUUCCCAUCGUUGAUUUAAAGUUGGGAGAUGAACAAUCCAGUCGCGUUGAGUUUGAUCGCCCAAAAUAUCGUCGACCUCCAAAUAAAUUAGCAGUUGCUGGCGAUGAAACUUUUGAGGCCCACACCCCUGCGACAGGCACCUCUAUGUCCCAUAAUACCAUUGAUGGCCACCCUGCGCCUAAGCAGUCCUUGCUCCAGGUUGACACCAGCAGCCUGGGGAUCAUGCCGUCAAAGGGGCCUCGAAUCACUACGGAUGAAGGGGAGAUGGAAAUGGCAAAAGCAAUGCAACAGGUUGAAGAAGUGCGAUUGCGUAUGCAACGAGCAUCGGAGCGAAUUGAACUUGAUGGCACCCCAGCAGAAGGGACUCUGGUCAAGAAAAAGAAAAAAAAGGCAAGAAAGCACGCUGAUAAAGAUUCUCGAGAUGCGGUGGACGAGCACUCCGCAGAAAUUACUGCUGGGAAAAAGAAGAAGAAGAAGAGAGAAUUCGAGAAGCCAGCAGGAGAGACAUCACCUCCUAAAGCUUCCGAUUGA